AUGGAGGACGAACGGACGCGCACCGCCGGGGCGGAGGAAGGGGAGGCGCACGUAGACAUAGAUGCGGGCACAGGGGCUGCGGGUAGCGGGGCCGGGGGUUCGCGGAAGCGGAAGCAGGCGCAAGGCGCGCGGAAGAAGGGAGGAGGGGAGAAGGUUCCCGCGCUGGUGAAGCGGGGUGGGCGCGCAGCGGUUGUGGUCCAAGCGGUCGUGAAGGACGCCCACGUGGACCUCGCAGCUGCGAGGCAGAGGGGGAAGGGCGUGGUGGCGGCUGUGGAUGGCGCGGUGGAGAAACUAAGAGAAGCACUUAGAGCCAUGCCGGAGGGAGAGCAGGUGCAUGGGGGUUCGGGGUUUGGUGAGGAGCCCAGCACAGCGGUUCAUGCUGCAGGGGUUUCUGGGUUUGGGUUGGGGCAAGGGCCGCACGUGGGGGUAGGCAGAGCAGGCUGGAGACAGGGGUUGAUGGUGGGGGGAGGUGGACACGAGAAGCGUAGCAGUGCUCGUGUUAAUGUGACAGCAGACGCGGCUCUGCCGUACGUGCAGGCGCUGGUGGGGGCGGAGGGAGUGAGGAGCCUCGCCUUCACCUUCCACCGCCCCUCGCACGUGCAUGUCAUCGGCAGCUUCGCCCACCACUCCGCCUCCCACCCUGCAUCGCAUGCGCAUGCGGGCGGUGAUGGGGGUGAUGGGGGUGAUGGGGGAGAGGGCGGAGAGGGCGGGGCAGCAGGUGUGGGGAGUGUGACAAGGCCGUGCACACAUGUGGACGUGGCUGUCGAGAUGCCUCAGGCGUGUUUCCGGGAAAAGGAUGUGUUGAACCACCGCUACUUUGCCAGGCGGGCGCUGUACCUCGCCACGCUGGCACGCCACCUGGCGGCAUGUGAUUGGGUGGUGGCGGUGGAGUGGAGCACUCUGAGGGAUGACGUGUGCAAGCCCGUCCUCCUUGUCAUUCCCCGGGCGUGCAAGAGCUGGCCUCUGCGCCUGCUGCCCUGCCUGUCCCCCGCCACCUUCCCCGCCCGCAAGCUUGCCCCCUCGCGCAACAACGUGCGGCAAGCCUCCUCCUCAGGAGGCGAGCUACUAGCAACGCCGUGCUACAACAUGGGUGUGCUGGAGGAUGGCGCUCACACGGCCGCCCAUCACCUCGUCUCGCAUGCCAUGGGCCUCGUGCCCGCCCUGCCCCAUGCUCUUGUGCUGCUCAAGGUCUGGGCUCGCCAGCGGUACAGCACCAAGCGCCACGUGGCGUCUGCUGAUUGGCUGAACGGCUUCCAGCUGUCCCUGUUGGCAGCACACCUGGCGUCGCCCCACAACCCCCACCGCCGCGUCAUGCCCGCCAUGUCAGCAUUUCAGAUCUUCCGAUGUGUCAUCGAUGCCAUGGGCAACUCGGAUCUCCUCCAGCAGCCCCUCUUCCUCCUCGCCCCUGAUGGCUCUCCCAACGCGCUCCAGGCCAAUGUUCAGGCGCGCAGGGACAUGCAGAGGGCGUUCGACUGGCUGCUCUGCGACCCCUCAGGCACUGUCAACUUCGCCUCGCGAGUCUCCAAGUCCGCCCUCCACCAGAUUCGUGUGGACGCGCAGCACACGUACAGUGUGAUCAAGUCGGGGGGAGCACCCGUAGCAUGCCUGCCAGGGCAGGCAGUGCUGCUCGCCUUCAUGCAGCCCUCCAGCUUGGCCGACCGAUUUGAUUUGAUUGCCACUGUACACGACACCCUGCCCGCCACGCCCAAGGCAGCGCUGCUGCUGGAUGAGCCGCCCCACCGGCGCAGGGAGGGGGCAGCGGCAGGUGUGGUGGCGAGGGGCAUGGGGGAGAGGGCCACGGCUGUGUGGGUGCACCCCAGGGAGGUGCCUUCUGGCUGGCGCCUGGAGCAGGUGCGUGUGGUGCUGAGUGCACAGCCCCUCACAGGGCAUGGCACGGUUUGCCUCUGUCCCAAUCCCCAUUGCAUUGCACUCUUGAGAUGCCACUCUGCCACUGUCGCCCCUCUCCACCAUCCUACACGGCAUGCCAUGCCACCACUCGGUGCUGGCCUGCCAGUGGUGGGCGGCGCGCCGGUGCUGAUCGGGGUAUCGCUGGCGUCACCUGACACGGCUCUGCGCCUCGUGGACAAGGGGCCCAGCGCGGACAACAAGGCGGAGGCGCUCAAGUUCCGUGCUUUCUGGGGUCCCAAGGCAGAGCUGAGGCGCUGGAAGGACGGCACCAUCACCGAGGCUGUGGGUGCGUGUGUGCUGUGCGGUGGAGAGGGGGGUGGGGGAGUUUAG